AUGCUGCCUGCGCGUCCCACACCAGACGACAGCCUACAGACUCCCUACCCCACUGCAUACCGGCGUGUCAAGGCAUUCUUAAAGGUGCUUCUAAAGGCCGAAGUUGAGCUCGAGCCAAAGGAGUCCUGCAAGUCGUUCAUCAUUGAGCUGGGAGCCCAGCAUGUGGCGGAGGAGCUUCGACGUCAGCCGUUAGCGUACGCUCCCAAUCAAUGGCCUUUCAAUAGGCUGCAGGAUGAGAAUAAGGGCACGGCCGACUGGUGGAAGGAGCUCGAACAUCAUCCUGAUGCUUGUGCCCUUGCGGUAAGACUCCGCAAAUGA